AUGAGUAUUUUUUCAAUAAAAGAGACUUGUAAUAAUUGCAGCUCCACCACAGACCCAAUCUUGGAUGUAGCCAAAGUGGUCUUCUUGGGGAUAGUCCUGAUAAUCUUUGUUGUGUUCGGCGUCCUUGGCAACAUUCUGGUCAUCCUCUCAGUGGUGUGCCAUCACCACUGGCGUUCUGUGACCCAUUACUUCAUCGCCAACCUGGCGGCGGCUGACCUACUGCUCAGCUCGGCAGUCGUGCCAUUCUCUGCUACUUCAGAAGCGCUUGGUAGAUGGGUGUUCGGGCGCCCUUUCUGCAAUGUAUGGGCUGCCCUUGAUGUCCUCUGUUGCACCGCCUCCAUCCUCAGCCUGUGUGUGAUCUCCAUUGACCGCUACCUGGCCGUGAGCUACCCUUUGCGCUACCCUGCCAUCGCCACUGGUCGACGAGGCCUGGCUGCUGUGGCUGCUCUCUGGGGACUUUCGGCAGCCAUAUCUGUGGGUCCUCUAUUUGGCUGGAAGGAGCCUGACCCGGAAGAUGAGACAGUGUGCCGAAUAACAGAGGAACCCGGCUAUGCCUUGUUCUCAGCAUUAGGAUCUUUCUACAUACCACUGGCGAUCAUUCUCUCCAUGUAUUGUCGAGUGUAUAGCGUAGCCAAGAGGGAGACGGAAACCCUCAAGAAUGGUCAGAGUGGCACAAGAGUUGAGACGGAAGGGGUGAUUCUUAGAGUGCAUAGAGGAAAUGCUGCUCAAACAGGCAAGCAUCAAGAGGAAAACAUCACCGGGAGGUCCAAACACAUCACCAGAACCCUCCCAAAGAUGCUCAAGCUCCCAAGAGAGGAGAAAGCAGCCAAGACCCUUGGCAUUGUCGUCGGGUGUUUCAUUCUGUGUUGGCUCCCUUUUUUCCUGGUCUUACCAAUUGGAUCAGUCUUCCCAUCCUGCAAGCCUCCUGAGAUGGUAUUUAAGAUUACCUUCUGGCUGGGGUACUUCAACAGUUGCAUUAACCCCAUUAUCUACCCUUGCUUCAGCAAAGAAUUCAAAAAAGCCUUCAACAACGUGUUACAUGGCCGCUGCUUGAGAAGUGUUCGAAGCCAAGGAACUAAUGCCACGACCCACGAAAAGACUUCAAGCACAGUAACUCAUACCCCUGAUUUUUCGACCAAAAAUGGUGUUCCUUCAUUGAGUUGCUGUAGGGCGCUGCUUGUUUCCUCAGAAAUACCUUGCGAGGAUGUAAAUUUCACCAUCCAGAAGAAGAGACUUCGAAGAUCAUGGUGCUUCUCAGAUUCUCAAAUUCCAGUACCUGAGACCUCAUCUUCUCUUAAUGUUACUGGUGAGGCUGUUUGA